CAUUGGUGCUCUGCAUGGGAAGUGUGAACGCAGAUGUCCUAGAACUGAUCCACAACAUGCUCUUUGUCCUGGUCACCCUCUCUACAAUCCCCCAGAUCCCUCUGCAGGGAUACCACAUUUUCUUUGGUGUAGCUUGUUGCCUUUUUACUGCAGCCUCACUCUAUGGCACCUUUGCACGACUCAUCAACACCAUAGCAGAGAAGUCUCUCAUCCCUGUAGGUCCACAGCCCAUCUCCACUGAGAAACUAAAGAAAUCUUUGACAUGCAACAGGUUUAAAAACAAAGGCCAUGAGGAGCCACCGAUAACUGAGCAAGCCUCUGAUGCCCUGUUUUACCUUUUAAAUGGGGUUUCAAGUCUCUCAGCUCUCCAUACGAGUGUGGCCAGCACAAAUACUACCUUUCUCCAUCUCACUGUUCCUUGGGUUCUCAUCUCUGGAGCUGUUGUCCAGACCUAUGUCAGCCGACUCCAGCUCACAGAUGGUCAGUUUGGUUCAGUCACCUCAUCCAUCUAUGCGGCAGUGUGGGCAACCUGGACCUGGUUUAGGUUUGGAGGUAACCUGCUUCAGUUUUCCACUGAAGCAACUUAUGGUUUUGCAGCAGGAGCCAUAGCGUUCCUGGUUAUUAAUGCAUCUCUGAUACUAAUUGCUGCCUACAGGAACCUGGUUUUGCUGUUUUUAACAACCAUCAUGGAGGUUGGACUGGUUUGUUUCCUGCUUUCCACUAUGCAGCAUCUACCAUACGAACUGGAAAUGGCCAUGCUUGCUCUUCUGUCUGUAAUCUGUAUUUAUGGAGCUCUGGCAUCACUGAUCAACUGUACCUUCUCACAGAGGAUGCUGCCUCUGGGCCCUGCUUUAUUAAAGGAGGAAAUUAAACAGGAGACUGCCUCAGAGCCUCCCUGUCCUGUGGCUGACUCACAACACACCAGUGGCCUCCUGAAGAUUGCUGGUCUUCUGGGAGAAGGUGGAGUGUGUGGUAUUCCCACAGACACUGUGUAUGCCCUGGCUGCGUCCUGCAAAAACCCUCAGGCUAUAGAGAAAAUCUACAACAUUAAAGACAGACCAGCGGAGAAGCCCAUCUGUAUUUGCAUCUCUACUGUUGAGCAGCUGGUGGCAGCCAAGCCUCCUUUCAGUCCUCUGCUCUGGGAGUUCAUGAGGAAUGUGUAUCCUGGAGGCAUCAGCUGCAUUGUCAGCAAAGGAGACUGGCUGUUUAAACUGGGAGUAGGACCAGCCUAUGACCGCGUUGGUACUAACAACAGCAUCAUGAUCCGUGUUCCUGACCACACUGUGACCAGUCACCUGUGUGACAUCACUGGACCCCUUGCCAUUACUUCAGCCAAUCCCAGUGGAGAGCCCGACAGCACCCACCACAGCAUGGUCAUCAGUCGACUGGGACACAAGAUCCAAGGUGUUCUGUGUGACGGAGAGUCUAAUGAAGUUGUUGCUUCCACUGUCGUCAACUGCCUGAGGAUUGAUGAAGGAAUCAUCACCAUUGUGAGAGAAGGCUGCGUCCCUGCAGUUAACGUCCUCCAGAUCUUUGAAAGAGUGAAAAGUACAACGGUGUGAUUGUCUCAUGUGUUUUUCUCCUUUGCUCUACACUCUUGGUUCCUCUUCAGCUUCAGUACUUCUACUUACAAAGCCUAGGACACUUGAUGAACAAAAGUUUGACAGUUAUAUGUGUUACCUGAAAGCCAGAAUAUCUGGUCAAAUGUUCCCUAGUCACUGUUUCUCAGCCUUAGAAAUGAAGAAAAUAUUUAACUUUGUUGGUUUACUGUUUUAAAUUGAAAAAUUAUAUAUU